AUGAACGCAUUUUCUCGCUCAAUGCAUGAGUUUCAGUUACUAUCCAGCAUUUCUACAUAUAGCCUUGAACAUUCCCCUCUACGUAUCAUGUCUUCAGCCGCUCCCUGCCGUUUCCUCACUGUUGCACAAGUCAAGAGGCUGCACAUGCGUCACAUUGCAAAAGCAUCCCCAACGCAGCCAGCCAUGUUGGAAUCAGCCGUCAACUCACCAGUCAACCACGAGCACUACGGACAGAAAGAUUUGUUUGUACUGGCUGGCGUUCUUGCGGAAAAGAUUGCUCUCGACCAUUCAUAUCAGGACGGCAACAAACGCACUGCCCUCUACGCAGCAGACAUGUUUCUCAAGAUGAAUGGGCACCAGCUGCAAAAGAGGACAAAUGGCGAAAGCGAGGCCGAGUUUAACGAGGAGCUUUCUGAUGCUCAUGUGCUUGUGGCUACGAGACGAUGGACGCCUGAGGAUCUGGGGAAUUACUAUCGAUCUAUCGCCGAGGCCUUGGUCAAGAAUCAAGAAGACUAA